GUAAAAGAGGAAGAAAAGAAGCCCUCUUCAUCUUACGGCUUUUACAUCUAUUUGUAGACAGAGUCGGAUCAUGCUCGAACACCCUUUACAAAUCCAGGGCGUCUUAAUGGGUGGACCCAUCUGAUGGACCGUUUGGAUCUCUUACAUAUGUGCCACUCUGGCGCGCUUCUGCCUGACCAAUGGCUCAGAUCUAUGAAGGAAAUUUCAAGCAUGGCAUCGGCAAUGAGUUAUAUUUCUUCACUCCUAGGAAGUACAAGGAUGUGGGAGGAUCACGGAGAAACCGCUCAGUGAAUGGCGGUUUUUGGAAAACAACUAGUAGUGAUAAACAAAUCCAUAUUAAUGGCAAUGACCUCAUCGGAUUUAAGAAGACAUUCGCUUUUUAUGACGGAAAGCAAGGAAAGGCCACAAAAACUGGUUGGAUUAUGCACGAGUAUAGGCUUCCUCCCACCAGCUCAGUUCUGGAUGCACAGAGUUAUGUUGGAAAUAGUAAACAAAAGAUGGGUGAUGGAUUUGUUUUAUGUAGAAUUUAUAAGAGGCAACCCAGCUCUCAUAAUUUCACUGAUGCUAUGAUCAGUGAAGGAACAUUGCCGUCAAUGGUGAUGCCCGUUGAAGAAGACGUCACAAGCAAUGCCCCAUGCUCUUCUUCGGAGGAUACAACUACAUUGAACAUAGCUACUAGUAUGCUCUCACAGGACAUGUGCAAUGUGGUAGAAGAAGAUAGCUGGGGAGACUUCAUGAGCAACCAAUCACAUGAAUAUCCAUAUCCGCAUCAUUCAGACAUGCUUUUGGGCAAUGAAUUUCAUAACCUGUCCACUGUAGGAGACUUCAUUGAGAACACAAUGGACGCUCAGGAUCAUAUCUCCAACUAUUUUGAUGGACCCAUUGGUGGUUCUUUGGAAUUUUACCCAUUGUGUUAG